AUGGACACAAACAAACACGAAGGAGGGACUGAAAGUGUGCCUGUGAGUACCCCUGCAACACAGAUUUCCCAGUUGCAGGCUUUAGCCUCUGAGCUGAAGGCGGGUUUCACAGAAGCAAUGCAGGAGCUGUCACGGAUCCAGCAUGGCGAGUACGCCCUGGAGGAGAAGGUCAAGAGCUGCCGCUGUGCCAUGGAAGAGAAGGUGGCUGAGAUGAAGAAUUCCCUCAACACCUUCAAGGAGGAGCUCAGCGAUGCCAAGUCAAUGAUUGAAGAGAUCAGUGCCAAGCAGGAGGAAAUGCAGCAGAAAAUUGAGCAGCUGCAGCAAGAGAAGCGGCGGGAAUCACGGAAAAUGAAAGCUAAAAGAGCACAGAAGGACGACCACGGGUCACAGACAGUGCCAACACCUCUCCAGGGCAGCCCAUUCCGCUCCAUCAACCUCCCAGAGCCUGUGCUGAUGAAUGAAGAUUUCACCAGUCUCUUACACAACGUGACUUACGAAAAAGUGUCUGACACCAGGAUCAUGCCCAUGGGAGAAGGAGGUGUGAAAGUCAUAGCAGGCCCAGGGGCAGCCAUAGAGACAGAUGACAGCCUCAAGCCUCCCCUGGCAACAGAGGGGCAGCCCAAAAUGCACCUGCCAUCAACAGUAUGGAAGCAGCCCAAGGACACCAAGGACUGGGGAGAUGAAUACAUUUCCAAAGAGCAACCGGAGAGAGGGAAAGACAUGGGCCAGGGCAGAUACAGCUCAGCAGACAACAUCAUCUGUGAACCCUCUCUGGCUGCCAAAAGGCAGAACAUCGCCUUGGAGCUGCUGGAGUCAGAAAGGAAGUACGUCAUCAACCUUUCCCUGAUCCUCAAGAUCAAGGCCACGCUGCAAGGGCCAGACGUGAAAAGAAGCACCAAAGAGAGAAGCUUUUUCCCCAACUCUCUGCGGUUCCUGGUGCAGCAGCACGUGGAUUUGCUGCACGCUCUCCAGGAGCGAGUGCUGAGCUGGCCGAGGCAGGGGAUCCUAGGAGACAUCUUCCUGAAGCUGACAAAUGAUGAGAAUAAUUUUCUGGACUACUACGUUGCUUACCUGAGGGACCUGCCGGAGUGCAUCUCUCUGAUCCACGUGGUGAUCCUGAAGGAGGUAGAAGAAGAAAUCAAGUCUGAUCUCUACAUUCUGUUCUUUCAUAUAGUCCAGCGGAUCCCUGAAUACCUGAUUCAUCUCCAGAACGUCCUCAAGUUCACGGAGCAGGAGCACCCUGACUAUUACCUGCUGCUGGUGUGUGUGCAGCGCCUCCGCGUCUUCAUCUCGCACUACAGCCUCCUCUUCCAGUGCAACGAGGACCUGCUGAUACAGAAGAGGAAAAAGCUCAAGAAGUCAUCCCUGGUGAAGCUGUACAAAGGUCUCACCUCCCAGUGCACCAGCCAGGAGGUUUCUCCAACCCCCAGUGCGGCAUCGAUGCGGGACAGCGGGAUCCACACGGAAGAGGCCAUGCAGUCAUUCCCAGCAGCACCUUCCUCGGGCACAACCACCCCGCACUUGAUGCCGCAGAUGAAGAAACCCCAGCCAACCGUGAUGGAGAACAUCCAGGCUGUGAAGCCCCCCGACUGGGAGAUGGACAGCAGGAAACACGAGAGGCCGGAGAACAUCCUUGCCUCCUCUCAGCUGACAGAGCAGGAGCUCAAGGCCCUGACAGCCCCCUUGCAAUCCAUCCCCGAGAUGGAGUACGAGGCGCCGCCGGCGGACGCGGUGGGGAACACCGAGAGGGCCAUCAGAUCCUCCGUGGAGCUGCUGCAGGACGCCAGGAACUUCGCGCCCAGCUACGAAGAGUUCGACUACCCCGGGGAGGUCUUCACCAUGCCAGGCCCCUACGAAGAGGACACCUUCCAGAACCUCGCUCUCUUCGAGAACUGCUCCCCGGCCUCCUCUGAGUCCAGCCUGGAUAUUUGCUUCCUCAGGCCCGUGAACUUCACCUCGGAACCGGAGAGGACAGACCAUGCCUUGCAGCCGCUGCCCAAGAGCUGCACGCCCGUGAGCAGCAGCACCUACAAGCGCGAGAUGUUCCACAGCAAAGGGAAGCAGCUGAGCAGGUCGCUGAAGGAGCUGCCGCGCAGCGCCGAGGGCGUCAGCACCAGACUCUACAGCACGCGGAGCAGCAGCGGGAGCCGCCUGCAGCAGAAGCAGGACAGGAAUGUCCAGCCUCACAUGAUCUCAGCCUCAUCUCGCAGCUCCCAAAGGAGCUACUUCCCCCCACAGAGAGGAGCGGGUGAAAAACCGAGCUUUUUGGAAGAGCUCCAUGCAGAAGACAACACCAGGUUCUGCCAGAAGGAUGACAAUGAGCAAACAUCCUUCAGCGACCACAACCCGCGGCACGAGCCCAAGGGGGGGUUCCGGAGCUCCUUCCGCAAGCUCUUCAAAAAGAAAUAAGCAGCCCCAAAAAGGCAGGCCGCAGCCAAAGCACAGCAGUGCUUCCCCAGGUCCCCCGGGGUGCAGACAGACAGCAAGGCCCCAGGAUCCCCCUGACUCACACACAGGGUGGAGGGUGGGGGAGAGGAGACUCUCACAACUGCCUUACAGAUGCAUCCUCCUCUUUUCCUAGCACAGGGCAGGCCAGGCUUUGGGUUGCAGUGGAGCUCAACCAGCAGGUCCAAUGAGCACAGGAACUUGCUAGCUUUCAUCUCUACCUGACUGAACUCCCCUAAGUUUUGGAAAGCUUUGGCCAAACCCCAGUAUCUUCUCCUCGCCCUCAUCCCCCAAAACUGCUUGAUUUGCCGUACAUCUUUGCUCUUCCAAACUCAAGGCAGGUCUUACUUGGGCUCACCCACAACAGCAAGGCUACCUUUGCAGCCCUGGCAUUCUGGCCAGAAAUCUAAAAUUCCCUUCUUUCCCCCACUUUCCAAAAAAAAGACGUAUUCCAGGAGGCCAGCUCGCAUUACCCAGGUGGUUUGAGAAGGUCUAAGAAGCAUCAGCUGAAGCACCUGAGCAUUGCACUGCCUGAUCAGCAACAUCCUUUCUUUUGGACUUCACCACUCCUCCAAAGCCUGUUUCACCUUUGUGUGAAUGCUGUUCUCCUGAGUGGCGUCCUGCUGUAGGAAUCAGCGCUUCUGCUCCCAGUGUGGCCCGUGCCUCCAGGACAGUGCAGGACCGUGAGCUCUGGUGUCACCUGAACCUGGCACCUUCUGAGGGCAGCUUGAAAGAGAACCUCUGCUUUUAUCACCUUGUUUUCACAAGCCUGGGACACUGGUCUGUCUAAAGGAGAGCUUCCCCUUAGGAAGUUGUGGACUGUCUCCAUGGGGCCAACAGCACUGCCUUGGGGGAAUAUUGUGAGACUGGGGGCUUGGGACCCCCCUCAUCAGCACGAGGGGAGCUGAUUUGGGGCCAAGAGAGGAGCACCCACCGUGCUGCAGGGCCCCCCUGGCCAUGGCAGCAGGACAGGGGAGCCCAGGGCUGUGCCUGUGGAUGCAGAGGCAAAUUCCUGCUGCAGAUGCAGGGCCCAGAGCUCUCCAGUGUGGACUGACCUGCACCUGCUGCUCGCUUCUCCUCCUCUGCUGGAGGCAAAGGGGUGUGUGUGGAAAGAGCUGUCCAGACAGAAAAACCCCAUCCUUUAACACAGUCAAGGUUUUCCCAACAUUUCACCAAUGUGACCAAGCAAAACUCCAAAGAUCAAAAUGUUUUAGCUGGUCCCUCUCCCACAGAUUUUAAUGAAACAAAUAUCCACUUCUCCUCCUUACAAAAAGGAAAGAAGUACCAUACUUUCCUCCCCUAGCUUUUGGAAACUAUUCUGGGAAGAUUUUUUUUUUAAUUUAAGGCUUUUAAUGGCAAAAAAAUCCUCUUCCGUCUCCUUCCCUUUCCCUCACAUCCUCAAAAUUACAAAUUCCCAGUCUCUUUCCAGUAAGGGCUGCUCCAUGCUGACCAGCCACUGAACCACACAGGCAGUUCCUAGGACUUGGCAGCUGUUUUAGUCAGACUGUGCAGGGCCAGGAUAGGAAUUAUGUAGGAAGAGCCAGAUACUUGUACCUGAAGCAUUGGCAGAGCCUGUUUGUUCUGCACAGGAAUCAGCCACAGACAGAGCUGUUUGUCUGUCCAUGGAACCAGAGCUGAUCAUUAUGGACAAGUGUCCAUUGCAAUGCACUGAUGCUGUCAAGGGCUCUGAUUCUUGUGGUUUUGGUCUCAUGGAUGUAAUGACACUUUUACCCUUCACAAAACAAACCUGCUUUGCAUAUUUGCCAGGCAGAUACUAGGACAGAAAGAGGACAAAGGAAAAAGCCUACCUGCUAACAUCUCCUGGGUGAGGAAAUCCUUCUGAAGCGGCAAAUCCUUGCUUGUAAAAUGCAUGUGUGGAUUUCAGCUUCUAUUUUAGUGAUUAAGGCACGGUUGGAACUGAUGGUUCUUUCUUUCUGAUUCUCUAUGAGUUCUUCCUUCCAGGCCUAUACUUACCACUUGGGAUGUCCUUGUACCUGCUCAGAAUCUGCAAAUGUAAAUAACAGGAAUGA